AUGUCAUCUCCGGUAUGGCUCAUAACGGGGGCCUCCAAUGGCUUUGGCCUGGCCAUGUGUCUUCACGUCCUGCGGGCAGGUCAUCAGGUGAUUGGAUCUGUUCGCAACAAGACCAAGGCCGCCCCUGCGGUUGAGCAGAUCAAUCAGGCAGGAGGCUCGGUGAUCGAGUUGGACAUGACAGAGUCCCAGUCAAGCAUUACAGAAAAAAUCAGCGCCCUUGGCCGUAUCGACUAUCUAGUUAAUGUUGCCGGCUACAGCAUCUUGGCCGCCUGUGAGGUGAUCACUGACAACGAUGCCACCCUUCAAAUGACCACCAAUUUCUUCGGUCCGCUGUACACCAUGCAGGCGGUCCUGCCAGUGAUGCGUGCCCAAAAGUCUGGGACCAUUGUCAACAUUUCCAGUGGUGCCGCCCGCGACCCUCUGCCGGCCUGCUCUCUGUACAGUGCUUCCAAAGCCGCGUUGGAGGCUGCAUCCGAGGGGCUUUCGAAAGAGGUCGCACCUCACAACAUCCAGGUGCUGAUCGUUGAGCCUGGCAAUUUUCGCACAAACUUUGUGGGCGCCUUGGCUGAAGCCAGCCCUGACCCGGCUUCGGUUCCUCCACACUACGAUGAUCCGGUGGGCAUGGUUAUGCGCAAAUUCCUCACGGUCCACCAAAAGCAGCCUGGCGAUCCCCAAAAGGGAGUUGAGCGUAUCUUUGAGGCCGUCACGGGUACUGGAAUGGCUGGACCUCUCAUGGGUAAGGUCACUCGACUUGUUCUCGGAAGUGAUGCAUAUGCAAGAAUGAAGAAAAGCUGCGACAAAUGGGCGGGCGAGUUGAGUUUACAGGAGGAUGUUGCGCUGAGCACCAACUAUGAGUAG